GGGACGCUGCAGCGAGCGAGAGGCAGCGCACGGGGGCAGUCAGGUCGGUGCUGUCUGGCUGAACGGAACGUUGUAACCAUGCUGCGGCUGCUGCUGUGGACAACGCUGUUAGCGGCGGGUGUUACCAGCUACUACACUGGUCUUCCGACCAGGACGCGUCUGGUUCGCACCAAGGAAGGUCCUGUCCGCGGUUACCUCGAAAGAAGCGCAUCUGGAAAAGCGUUCUUCGCCUUCAGGGGUAUCCCGUACGCGCGGCCACCGGUAGGUGAGCUUCGCUUCCAACCACCGCAGCGCCACCUGGGCUGGAAGAGGCCGCUGGAUGCCAAAGAACACGGCAGUGUCUGUCCGCAGAUCGACACGUUUAGCGAGACGCCGCUGAUUGGCAACGAGGACUGUCUCUUCGUGAACGUCUAUACUCGGCAGGUGCGCACCCGCAUGCAAAGCGUCAGCAGUCAGCCCGUUAUGAUAUUCGUUCACGGCGGUAUGUAUAUUCGCGGCAGCGGCAACGACCGCUACUACGGCCCCAAGUACCUGAUGGACGAGGACAUCGUGCUGGUGACGUUCAACUACCGGCUCGGAGUGUUCGGCUUCCUGACGACCUACGACGCGGCGGCUCCUGGAAACUACGGACUGCGCGACCAGGUGCUGCUGCUGCAGUGGGUGCAGGACAACAUCGCCAGCUUCGGCGGAGACCCGAAAGCGGUGACAAUCUUUGGUGAAUCGGCGGGCGGAGUGAGUGUUUCACUUCUGGUACUGAGUCCUCUUACUAAAGGUCUGUUCCACCACGCCAUCAGCCAGUCGGGAUCGGCGCUGGCCAACUUUGGUGCCAGCGGAAGAAAAAUGGGCUUCACGGAUGAGCUGGCUGAGAAGCUGGGCUGUCCGGUCGCGAACAUCACUGAGAUGGUCGGUUGUCUGACCCAGGUGCCAUCAUCUCAGUUUUUAGCAAGUGCAAGUCCCUUUGAACAUCUGUAUCAGCCUCGUGUAGAUGUAGAGGUGGAGCACCCUUUUCUCCCGGAAGAUCCACGACUUCUGCUCGAGAGGGGAGAAUUUAAUCUCGUGCCGUGGAUGCAAGGAGUCACAGAAGAAGAGGGCUGGCCAUUUGUGCCGAUAUUUGCCGUUGUUGAGUCAAUUUUUCUGGGUGUCAUGGAGGGCGACACGUUCUCUUGGGGCUUGAUGUCUGAUCUUACAACCAGAACGGCAUCCAGUAUUCUUGAAUGUGAUGCUGACCCAACUGCAGAGGCAACCAAAGUAAGAGAUUUCUACACUGAUCUGGUCAUUGCUGAUCUAAACCCCUUCCUUCUGGUUGCUCGAGUAAUAAGUGAUCGUUUCUUCAACGCAGCUCUGUGGGCUGAGAGCAGUCUAGCGUCUCGGCACACGGCAGUCUACCAGUACAUGUUUGAGUACAAGGGACCGGGCCGACUAUUCUUCAGCAAUAUCAGCACUCUGGAGGUCUCGAACACAGACGCUGGACACGGCGACGAGCUGAUGUACCUCUUCAGUCAGACGGAGCUUCCUCUGGAGAAGCCGGGCACACCGAACCACAACAUGAUCCGCAACAUGGUCAGCCUGUGGACCAGCUUCGCCAGGACCGGGAAGCCCACUUCCGAGUCGCCAGCCGCUCCGGACUGGCCCAUCUUCACGGAGCAGAGCCAGCGGCACAUGAGGCUAGACUCGAAUCUCACCAUCGGCAAAAAGUUGUUCGAGGAUCGGGUCAAGUUCUGGCAGACGAUCGCUGUGAACGAGCCCUGGAGGCGUCCGACGGGUGCAGACUGCGAGCGACUGGAUAUCCGCUUUUCAUUUGCUCCUCUCGGAGAGCCAAUUGACGACACUCUAGCGUUCUAUAACGCCAUGCACCAGAUGUUUAAGUAGCGAAUAUGCGAUGAACUUAACAUGCCGAUUGCAAUGCCUGUGUCCUUUUGUUUGUCGUGCAGUUUGAGUAAAACCACCGACAAGAGCUAUUCGGCUAUCAAUAUGAUACAAAAUCAAUUGUUGUCAUGUCCAGUUUCUGCCAUACGUGGGUAUUUGAUUUUAUGAGCUAGCAUGUCCAUAAUGCUCAGUACUCCCGACUUUGAACACGUGUAUUGGGCCCAGUCUUCGAGGCAUGUAAAUAAAAACAAAACAAGCAAAAAACAAAACAAUGCUGCA